AUUCCCUUCCUCUCUCCCAUUUUUCCCAGAUAUGGGUUUUUCCAAGGCCGAUCCCAAACUUAUUGCAUUCGAUCCUGCAUUUGGUGGUCUUUGGCAUUUAAUUUUGUGUUUGUCUCAGCUCCUUAUUUGCUGAACUGCUAAUAUCAUAGACAUAUCUUUGAUCUUUUUAGGAUUUUCAUUGUUUUGCCAAGAUUUUAACACAAUUUUUUUCGUAGACGAUUUUCCCUGCUUGAUACAGUUUGUAUGUGUUCGUGUUUUAUUUAUUUAUUUGCGUGUUAGAUUUUUGGAGGAACUCAAAUGUAUUUCUUCCCUGUCAGAAUAAAAUUAAAUUUUCUGUUAUUUGUUUGCUAUAUUUUUUACAUUAUUUUGUCAUUACACCAUGUAUUAUGACAAUUUUUCAAUUGCAUGAUUGAUUCUGUUUUUCUUUCCUACAUCAGGUUGUCAUUGUUGCAUUUUUGACAUGGCUUAGAUGGUUCAUCCCUGGAGAAUUUGGUCUUUUCCGGAAAACUGGAUACCAAAAGGAAUGGAUAAAUUUGAGCUGGCAUUACAAUGCGGUAUCUCAGUAUUAGUGGUUGCUUGCCCUUAUGCCUUGGGACUAGCAACCCCUACCACAGUAAUGGUUGCAACAGGGAAGGGUGCUUCGCAAGGUGUUAUUAUCAAGGGUGGAAAUGAACUCGAAAAGGCUCAUAAGGUGAAAACGGUUGUCCUUGAUAAAACAGGGACUCUGACAGUUGGGAAACCCGUGGUAGUCAAUGCAGUAAUGCAGUGCUCUUCUCCAAUUUCUCAUGCGCAUAAUAAUGUCCAGGUUGGUCCUGAGGUUGAGAAAUAUGUUUCGGAACACGAGAAUCUGGCUCGAACAUGUGUGUUGGUUGCCAUUGAUGGAAUGAUUGCCGGAUCUUUUGCUGUAACUGAUCCAGUGAAGCAAGAGGCUGCGCGGGUCAUCUCUUAUCUCUUCACUCGAUGAACAUUACUAGCAUCCUGGUUACUGGUGAUAACUGGGCUACAGCAGCAGCCAUCGCAAAGGAGGUUGGCAUUGAUAAGGUGUACGCUGAGACGGAUCCACUGGGAAAAGCUGAUAGAAUCAAAGAAUUCAGUUACGAUUAUGAAAUAGUUACGAGGGUGGUGUGAAUAAAUUACAAAACCCAGCUACACAUGCUGCUUUAUUCUGGUUUCGAUGCAGAUUUAAAUGACUUAUCUAAAUUAAACUGAUUUUUUUAAGAAAUUUUCAAACAUUAUUUCUAUAUGAAGUUUGUUUAGCCAUUUCAAACAGCUAACUGAAAUUGGCUGCAGAUGAAAGGAAUGGUGGUGGCAAUGGUGGGAGAUGGAAUCAAUGACUCUCCAGCUUUGGUUGCAGCAGAUGUUGGCAUAGCAAUUGGUGCUGGCUCUGACGUAGCUAUAGAAGCCGCUGAUAUAGUUCUCAUGAAGAGCAACUUGGAAGAUGUAGUUACAGCCAUAGAUCUCUCCAGAAAAACUAUGUCACGAAUUCGAUUGAAUUAUGUCUGGGCCCUGGGCUACAAUAUCCUUGGCAAGCCAGUCGCAGCUGGAGUCUUUUCACUGGAAUUCGACUACCACCGUGGCUUGCCGGUGCAUGUAUGGCUGCUUCAUCUCUCAGCGUGUUAUGUUCUUCUCUCUUGUUGCAGUCAUAUAAGAAGCCUUUGCAUAUUCAGAGCGUCUCCAACAGCAAGUUUGCGUGAUGGUGUACGUACGUCUGACUAGUUUUCAACCUUUGGUUGUUGCUUCCCUUCUUCGUUGUUGCAGCAAUGAAUUUGUACAUGCGAUCGUGAUUAAUAAUUUAGAAGCAUAAGGCCCUGAUUCUUCGAUUGAACUUUUGCGGAUCAUCUUUCGUUUUUUUCUGUUCAGAAAACCUAAUAAGCUAAGUUUAGAUGAUUUGUGAAUAGAAGAAAGUUCAACUAGAGCUUGGUUGUAUGU